CGUCCGCCAGUCGUCGCGACGUCCUCGCACAGCAGUGACUUGCGCCGAUUUCUCCGUUCAGUACGCGAUCGCAUAAAACGUAAACGGUUCGAGCAUUUGCAGGAUAUCCUUUAGAGAUCCAACACCCUCCAAGGAUAAACAACGAGCAACCAAAUUCACCGUGCCAACGAUUUCACGUCGCGAGACACGAAAGACGUCCGACCGUCUUCGAGAAUAAGACCUCCGCGCGCAGAGGGUUAUCGGAUGUCCUUUUAAAAUAUUCAAGCAGGAAGACGUAUUUCCGGGACAGAGUGAAUCGUUGCGAUUGUCUGCGCUCGAUCUCCCGUAAAUAGAGUGCAAGGACAUUGAACCAGAUUAUACCGUCUACGUAAUUAUUGGACAGUCGGGGCACCUUCGCGAGGGACGUUCCUUCGUUUCGGAAUCGAGAAAAUCCGCUACCAUCGAGGAUUCUCCAACAGCCCCCCGGACGGUUUGCUUUGUUCCGCAUUUCGCUCUUUUCCCUCUGUUUCGCCGUUUUUUCGCACCUGUGUGUGCCAAUCGCUGACUUGGCACCGCGCUGGGAGCGAACGGUACCGGCACCGGGAAAAGAAGAGAACCGAAAAGGGGAAAAACAGAAAACUCGAGCGUGCUCGCGGACCUCUUGCCGAUUUUCCUACCUUUUUCGCCCUCUUGAAUCUCGAACGAGUUCUGUGCGCGUCGCUGGAUGGAUCGCCGGCUUUGAUACUCGACUCGAUAUUUGUCCGGUUGCUGGCAUUGUUCGGAUCCAGUUCGUCAACAACAUCAAGGAUUUUUUUCGAAACCGUGAUUUGAAUUGUGCACUCCACGGACACCAGUGAGUACGAGAUCGACGAGUCUCCCCGCAGCGACGUGAAGCUCGCGACGCUUUGCGCUUGGCAAUUCUGAGCUGCCUGGCUACCGAGUCAACUGGACUGACUUUUAGAUCUGGAGAGUAUACAUGGUAAAAGUUCUGAGUACUCGCUUACGAGUAAUUGUAUAACUUGAACCUUCACUUAUGUUACAAGUAAGUCAUACAAACUUAACGUAGACGAAUCUACGGCUAAUUACCGAAGACAUUCAAAUUACAGGCGAUGAAGAUGAGCAAAGUGGGCAACCAGACCAAUUCACAGGACCCACAGGCGGUGAAUUCCCGGGUAUUCGUCGGGAAUCUAAACACGUUUCAGUGCAGCAAGACCGAUGUGGAGCGAAUGUUUCAACGCUACGGCCGUCUGGCAGGAAUAUCCAUGCACAAAGGCUAUGCAUUCGUGCAAUUCACAAAUCCCUUUGAUGCUCGCAGCGCCUGCCUCGGCGAAGACGGCCGCACCGUUCUUAGCCAGAUACUCGAUGUCAACAUGGUGGCCGAACCCAAGCCUCACCAAACCGGACGUAAACGACAAAACGUCACCAAAACUGGCAAUGAUUGGGACUACUACUACGAUAGUUACUAUGCGUCGACCGCUUUUCCACCCCGUUUGGCGCCGCCACUGAAGAGACCCCGUUUGAUGCCGCCAACUCGAUCCCAGCACCCGAAGCAACAGAAACAACAACCAGCUGCGAACACGGCCACUGUACCGGACUUGAACCAGCUGAAAGUAUACAGCAACCCGGACAUACUGAUCUGCGGCAACUGCAGAGAAAUGUUUACUGACCUUGGAGAGCUACUCGAGCACAAGCGAAAUUACUGCAAGCUGCGGUUUACAUGUAAAUGUCACACCUUCAACGGAACGGCCCCAAGGGAUUCCACGACAGCUUUGCUCUGCGUUCUCUGCAAAGUAUCUUUCCCAUCAGCAUGGGAACUGAUGGUUCACGCUCAGGCGGCUCACAUGAUCAACAUUUACGAGCUGGGAACUCGGCCUCAAAGUCCAAGAUCUGCGCCUAGUCCACCCCAAAGUCCCACCCAGCAUCAGAAAGAAUCAUCACCGUCACCGCAAGACUUUCAGGAAACCAAAGCGUCCGACUGCGAAGAACGCGCCGAAGAAGAGGAUUUGGACGGACACGAAUUAAUACCAUCUCCCGACAGUGGCAAAUCAACAGACAACGAGGCAGCUCUAUCACCAAUUAAACUACGAUCUGAUGUGAACGGAUUGGAUCACGAGGAAUGCGACGAAUUGAUGCAUGUCGAAAACACCACGCAAUCAUGCAUCAUGCACGCUCUCAGCAUUGACUCGUCCUUGGAACUCAACUCUGACACGAACUCGAGGGGAAGUUCCGGCCCAGUCAUGGCGUUGACUAAUGGAUCCCUCUCCGCGAAGGAAUAAGUCGAGAAAGAAUUAGUCAUUGGAACACGGUGUUCUCCCUGUCCGGGGGAUUCCUGUAACCAACGCCACCAACGAGACAUAUCGAUCUCCUUUAAGGAUAAACACAACCCGUCUGUAUAUAGCUUAAAUGCCUAACAAAUAAUUCAGGGUCGUCUCAUGCCAGAUCCGGGACCUGUUUUGGCAAGUUUGGUAUCGAUGGAUCGCGAACCGUUCCGAGGAUUCGACGAACGGGAAAGAUUUAAAGCGUUUCGCCUUCGUUCGCGUCCGUCUUAUCGAUUAAUCCCGUUUUUCUCUCUUUUUCUCGUAGAACUUAGCGCAGAAGACGAAUCGCUUUCGACGAGCUUCCAUUCAGAAGAAAGUACCGAUUCCUGGCUUUUUUUUUCUCUCCAUCCCCUCCUACGUCGCCUCGACCCAGCUCCGUCUUUUCAUUCGUUGCGAACGCCUUUCGAGUUUUCCGCGUUCGAAAAAUUCUUGUGGCCGAACACGAUGACUUCCGGCAACGUUUGAGGGAUACGCUAAGGGGAAUCCUAGUCGCGUGAAAAAUUCCGAGCGAUCGAACGCUCGGAAAUUACUGAGUACACGGUAUUCCUUGUCUGUGAUAAAUACAACAUUUACAAAGGCAGAGCCGGUUGUGGCGGGCGCCGAUUUCAAUAAAAUUGCCGUGGAGUGGUGAGUUUAUAACUUUGAGAGCCGUGUACAGAAUAUUAACUCCGGACGACCGUAUACUUUUGAGAAAGAGUGUACUCUUUGAUGUUUGUUUGUACAUGGCUUUCGUUGGUAAAAAGACGCUUAAAAAUACACGUUCUUGUAACGCUCAAGACUAGAAUCGAUCGAGAUUAAUUAAUUUUCGUAAAUAGUAAAUAUGAUUGUUACUUUAAAUUAAUACGUAACUAAUCUUGAACGUGUGCUUAACACUCUCGACGAAAAUCAGGGACAGCUCCAAAUAUUUCAAGACUCUGAACAAAAUUAAGUAUUGAUAUUUAAAAUUUUUUAGUUAAAGAUGGCAGUGCUCGUUUCUGUUAAUUUUUAACCCUUUGCACUCGACGACAGUUUCAUUACAAAGAGCUAACAAUUUAGACGACUAGACCCUUCUUCUACCAUGAUUGGAGAGUCGUGGAAUUAAAGUAUUUUACAACCACUUCAAAGUGUACAAGUUUCCAGCUUAGGAGCAUAUUUAUGAAUCAAUGUCGCUAUGAACAGUUCCAGAUUCAACGUAAUCUAAGAUAAACAAAGACUGUCGCUUCUGAGUUGCUCCCCGAGUGGAAAUCGAGUCGAGCAACUGCCAAUCUCUAGUCCUAAAAGUGAUAAAUCUUCAAUUGAUAAUUAAACGAUAUAAUAAAUAGGGGCGAGUGUUAUCAUCUUUAACUUAAAUGUUUUAGAUAUCAAUGUUCAAUUUCUUUUCAAUUUCUUUAUUGUAAUUGCAUUUUAUAGUAACUCCAUUUUAUAGCAAUUUUGUUGAGAUGGAGGCUGCCACAUGCUCUUUGUUAGACGAACCGCAAUCGCGGCACAAUUUUGCUUUGCUUUUGAGGAUUUCAAAUAGUCACGAUGAUUCUUAAGUAGAGGAUGCAACGUUAAUGGAUUCUUUUUCUAACGUCGUCGAGAAAUAGGUGAAAAUCAGGCCGUCCGUUUAUGUGGUAGCGUUUUAUGAAAAUUGCAAGUAGCCUGCCGAAGACGCAGCAUAGCACUUUUCGUACAGUGAGGAAAAUAUUGUUGCUCGCCAAGGAGAUUGCGUUUCUCUCAAAUUUUGAACAUUUCUAAUCUAAUCGAGAAUCAAGAGCUUAAGAGAAGAAAUCCAUAUUAAGGAAGUUUUAUACGAUUUAGAUGUCAUAGCUUCUUAUCAAAAAACUUAGUAGCUUCUAUAGAUACAACCAGUUGUUAUUUAAGCCAAGUACUAGUUCACUCGUGUAUGUAUAAAUAAAAGUACUUUUGCAGUUCUUCAUAAACAAAAUCAAAUUCUCGUUAUCAGAUAAUAACAGGUUAUCAGUGCAGUGGACCGGAUAAAGAGUAGGCUUUGAUGUAUUUUUUAAACAGAAAUGAAUUAAUAUAGAUUUUCUGGUUAUGAGAAAAAUACCAUAAACGGAUUACGAUCAAAUGAAUAUUGAUAUAAAUAAAUCGUUUAACAUAUUCCAACCAGAAAAUCGCUGUUGAUCCCAUUCUAUUUUAUAUAUUGAGUGUUUUGUGAAAUAUGGCCAUAACUUAAAAAAUUGAAUUUAGCAGGAAAAUCAAGUUUUGUUUGAUUGGAAAAGGGUGCUACUUGAAAAUCUUAACAAAUAAUUUUAAAAUUGCAAUAAUAUGUUCGUGAUAAUUACCCACCCAAAAAAGAGAUCAAUUUAAAUUGUUGGAAAUAGUUUGUGUUUAUGUAUUGAUGCCAAGAAUUCUAAUACUGUAAACAGACUAUAUGUCACACUGUAAUGAUAAAUAUCACGCUGUUUCUUAAACAAUCCUCUACGAACAGUGUAUUUUUAAAAAGUUUGUAAUGUUGAAAGCAAUCCUUGAGAGAGAGAGGAACAACACUGGAGACUUGUAACGUUUGGAUUGCACUUGAAACAACUCAACGUAGAAGUCCUUUUUUUAUUCUGUAUGCAUUCGGUGCAAUUUUGCCUGCCCACGAUACAGAGUAAGUCAAUCAUGACCCCGCAUGGAAUAACAUGACAUUUAUCGAUUUUAGUGAAAAGAGUUGUGUAUGAUGUACAUAUGUAAUGUUUGGUUCAUUUUUAUCUUAUGUUUUCCAUUUUAUGAAAUGACCUAAAAUUGGUUUAUAGUACUACUACGUUAUAAACGAUCUAACAUAAUCCUUAAAACGUACAUUGUUUCUGUUUACUUUCCUUGAACAAAGAAGAUUUUAAUAUAGUAUCCUAGUAAUGACGGAUUCUCUGUGUUUAUCAUUUAUUGUGAUUUACUACAAAAUAAACAUGGAGAUAGUCAAACGCUUCCAUGCGACGAGCUCCAGCGAACACAGGAUAUUUCAUGUGAAACGAUUUGUCCUAAAAUCAAUAAAUAACGAGUCACUUCAGACAGCAGUUGUUAUUGCCCGCCCUGUAUACAUUUCGUAGAGGGAUGUUCUAGGAAUAUAGUAAUAUGAUUUAUUACAAAGUCCUGAAUCACUUGCACCAGGAAGAAAUAUCGUGCCAAACGUGUACACGAGUUUUUGUGUACAUACCUGUACACGAACGUGUAUACUUCAAUGAAAUCGAAUAUUUAUAUUUUCAAAAAUUCUUGUAACUCGGUGAAACAUAAAUAAAUACACACACAAAGUUUGGAAUCGACGUGUCCAAUGCGAUUCUUAACAAAAAAGAAAUCUCUAAUGUCAGCUAAUUUUUAAAAUUCCAAGCUGAAAAGAUUCUUCAACUUACUUGACACAAUCGUGCGAAUGAAACUCGUGCUUCUCGCGAUCAGUCCCAAUAUUUCCAACAAACGCACAUCCCGAAACCGCAGCGAUACUUUUUCCCCUGUGCGAAACAAGCUGCGAUCUCCGAUCUACAAGUACGACUGUAAAUAAAUUCGUCUGCUUUCUCUAAAUCUCCUAGCUCGGUAAUAAAAGUCGGUUAGUUCUCGGCCGGGCAUGUUAAUCGUCAACGCUUAAUUACCAUUUAGGACGUUGUAAAUAUUCGUGUAACCUUAAGUUAGCGUAAAGAUGGUGACCGUUACGUUUCAUAGAAUUAAUUAGGGAUGAUUCGAUCGAACUGUCCGCUCGCGGAUUCGCGAAACGCUUUAAAUCCCGUGUAAACGGGUGAAGAGCGGUUCCCCGCUGUCAGAUGUGAGCAAAAUUUUAUUGAAAUAAUAGGUAACAAUUAAAGCAAGUCUACCUACAAUAAUUUAUUCGUGACGUUUAUUGGGCUGAACGAAUAUAUCUUCAUUUGUUAAAUGUAUUUCGAUCUAUAAUUUAACUUGUAUUUUUUAUUUACUCCUAAUGUGCCUCACACGUUCGGGGUCAAUUAUGUAAUAUAUAUUAUUAUUAAAAUUCAGUCAUGUUCUUAUACGUAUGUAUUUAAAAGUAAAUGUUUAUAUUAUAUAUGAUAUAAUAUAUAUACACACACACAUGCAGAUAUAAAUAUGUAGUUAUUUAUUUAUUCAUUUAUUUAUAUUAUGAGAUAAACAAUAAUUCAUCCCCUAUACGUUUACUCGCUCUUUUUGCAUAAAUGUGAAUUUUACUCAUCUCUGCCCAGGUUCUGCGAUCGUAUCGAUACAAAUUGACCGAAUGAUGCUGAUUUAGCGUCGAGUUUGACCGCCAUCGAUAUUAUUAAGACACUUUUUGAUCUGAGUAGUAGCCGAAAGAAAAAAAAAAACGGUGACAGUGACUGAUCGUAAAGGGAAAGAAAGAAUUAUUUAAUUUCCCCGGUAGAUAAGAUCCAUCAUGUAAGCUUGACUUCGUAGGAUCGAUGCGUGAAAAAGCGUGGAUUCUCGCAGUUUUAUCGAUUGCGAACAAGAUGAUUAGCAUAUCAAACGUGUAUUUUUGAUGAUGUAUGAGUGCGGUUUCUUUUUCUCCAGCGAAACGAGCAAUGCCAAGCAUCGUCCAAAUUAGCGUAACUGAUUUAAAAAAGAAAGAAAAGAAAUAAUAAUGAGAAACAAAAGAAGCAGAAUCUAUUAUGGUUACUGAUAACAGCUGGCUUCGUCAUGGAUCGCGACAUGCAAGAGAUCAGGGUCGGAUUAAGAUGUGGGCUUUAGGGUCUACAGGGUAGAAGUCACCGCCAGCUGGAGAACCUCCACAGCUUAAUUCGAGGCAAUUCGAUGAAUUCUGCCACAAAGAUAGAUCCUUGCAGUUUGAUCAAGAGCUCAGAGCUUAUUUCAUUAUUUCCACUUAAUUAUACAUUAUUGCGAGUUCGGCCCUUAUUAAUUGUUCUAACUGAUUUUAAUGCGACUUGGAAAUCUAAUUCGUGGGUUUCUUACGACUGCAGUUGUUCGUUAGCUCGUGUAUCAGUAACGGACUGACCUAGUGAUGGGACUCAAACAUGUUUUAAGAUCCAUAAAAAUUAACACUCUUUUAUUAUUUUUGUUUUUUUUUCUUUUCCGUGAAGGCUCUGAAUCGUGUAAAAUUCCCCCCGCCACCUAUACUGCCUUGCAUUAACGAAUUUUAUCUAUCUUAUUUAUUUAAUAAUUGUAUUAUAUGUACGUUAUAAUCUUUUACAUUUCGGUGGAACCGAAUCAUCUAAAUUAUUAUUAUAUGAUCAAAUAUUAAAGGAAGCAAAAUAUAAUAUGCUGUAUCAGACGAAUGCUUACUUUCAAAGUGUUAAACUUCUAAAUACAAUGAAAUAUGAUAUUUGAGAUAUUGAUAGCUCUGCUCUUCAUAGUCGAUACUAAUUGAUGCUUUCAAAUGUAAGUCGUGUCCUUUAAAUGAGAUACUCCGACGUUUCGACAGCUCAGCUAUCGAUCCAGUACCGGUGUGUCAUUUGACCCCUGAAGAAGCUAUCUGCAAUGCUGGCGUAACUGAGGAGUACCUUAUUCAAAGGACACGGCUUACAUCGGAAAGCCUCAACUAGCGGUCCAAGAAAUGUCUUCGAUCGAUUUGAGAUCUUCGGUAUUGAUACCUGCAGUCACCUACAGUAGACACUUGUAUCUAUGUAGGUUCAAAGUAACUUUGUUCAAACAUUCCGUUUGAAGAGAAGGAUUGUACGCACUAAUUAUAUAUUCCGAAUGUUGAGACACGCUGUAGCCAAUACAUUUGAGAAUAUAACGAAAUCUGGCCACCUGAUUAGGAAAACUCAGAUUUGCUAGAAAACCAUCCCCAAUAGUUGUGGAUGAAUACAGAUUUAAGAUGUGUAGUGACUAUAUUUGAAGACUACAAGACGUCCUUAAGGUUUAGGACAUUGAAUAUUCCAUUUGACUGAAAUGUUGUUAAUUAAUUUCAUAUCUGGAAAACUCUUCUUGUUUCAUAUGUAUCCAGGCUCUAGAAACACCCUGUAGAAAUUCCGCAGAAUUGAAAAUUAUUUAAACUGACAAGUAUUGGUACUAAUUAAUAUGACGUUGGAUUGGUCCCAUCACUACAGCGUUGUCCUUUUAAAAAUAUUUAUUUCAUUAUUGUUGAGAAAGGAACAAUGGUAUUUAAUUUAUAGAAUUAUGAGCCAAAUUCAAUUCUAUGCGUGACGUCACACUGAUCAGUUUCUUGCGUCUCAUUGAAGAAAUCGUUGGUCGAGUGCAACCAUUGGAUGAAUGAUACGCGUGCGACGAGAUGAAAUUGACUCGUAAUUGCCGUGAAAUCACCUUAAAGAAUAUUCAGCGAAUCCUGCGUAUCUCGAUUUCCAAACGUACUAAAUAACGUUCGCGAUAAUCACAGCGAAUGGUUGAAAAACACUUCGACUCGAUUCGCGAAGAUCGAUGAUACUUUGGCGGCACAGAGAGAAAACUAGGGCUGCUAAUAUCCGUGCAUCAGACCGCAGGUGGUUUCCAUUUCUCUCUCAUAUACAGAUUAAUCUGACGAGAAGAUCGAAGUUUUUAACAAUCAAUCUCGCAAAAAUUGGAACGAGUGUAGUUAAUCACUUUCGUUCGUGCGUUGCACUUACGACAUUACACAAAUGGAAUAAAGAUUUAUAUAAAUAAAUUUUCAAUUGAAUUUUCAUACGACAACGUCAUGAAGUAAAAAUACCAUAAAUCAAUGCAAGAAAAUUGCACUCAAAUAUUUAUUCCUUGCUCGACAUGCGUGAAACGUUCUUUUAUUAUUCCGAGGACAGUAAUAACAAACACGAUAAAUAUGAAUUACAUUUCGCCCAACAAUUUAUGUUAACUGAACACUCCAUACCGAUUUUUGCGAGCACUAGAUAUUUCUAAAUUCUUCGAUUCUCUAUCUCUUUGAUUAAAAAAAACCCUUUACGAUGAAUAUAUAAUCUAAUGUACAGGUUUCGUAAAAAGCAAAGUGUCUGCGGUAAAUGCGAAUAAACGAGUACGAUGUCUGACUAAUAUACCUGUACCUUGAAACAACAGUCUGUGGGGAUAUUUUCUUGGCAAUAUUGGUCAUUAAAAAAUGGAAGUUAAAAAUGUGUCGAAAUAAUAGAAAAGUGAUUAAAAAUUCCGAACGAAACGCUGUAUCGUCGAUGUCUUGUGGUUCCAAGGUACAAAGACUUCGCUUUGUGAGGAGUGCCAGUGAACAUUUUCAUAUUUAUAUUUUAUAAGGAGCACCAGUUUUACAGGAUCGCGUGACAACGAGUACGCGAAGUUUACCCGUAAUACAGUUUCACUAACAAUAUUUAUUACCGUAGAUGUAUACGUAUAAUUUAUGUAAUUCAUUACGCGUAUGUAUUAUUGUAACGUUGUAAUAUAAUCAUCGUAAUAGGCACGGCAUGAAAUAGCCAGACAGCGAAUCGCAAAACUCGUGCAUCGUAUCGAUAAGAGCAGCGAAUUCAUGGGUUAUUGGACAUGAAAUGGACGUAUGAUUGCACACGUAAUACUUGUAUUCUUCCUACCGUUCAUUAUCGUUUAUUAACCGUGCGCGUAUUCGCAUAUAUUUUUAAUAUCCGCACGGUGAUAACUCCCGCAUCGAGGAACAGGAAUUUCACCGUAUUUCUAUGCCAUAAUUAAACGAGUAUGAUCAGAACAAAAUUACAGACCAUUUCGGCAGCCCUAGAACGAUUGUAAUUAAAUCAUUGAUCUUUUCUUCAA